AUGCUUGACACCUGGACAGUCGUUUUUCUAUGUCUGUAUCAGUCGCUUUGGUGUUACUUUAUGUCAGUCGCGGUCGUGUGAUAACUGGUGAUAGCGUACGAAGGUGUGACAUUUUCUCUUUUUAAAGACCAGAAGUAUCUACUGAUCGCUACGGUUCAUGCUCGAAUACCAGUGAUAUCGUGGCGUUUUACGCGCGGUCGUGAUAUUUUAAUGGAUGCCUGUUUAACUUGGUUGAUGCCGGAACAGGACGGACCAGCUAAGAUUCUCUGGCUCAGAGUGUGGCAAACUCAACAAGAAAUUGAGAGUAUGAACUUGAAAGAUAGUGACAAUGAUGCAGAGGGUAUAACGAAUGGUUUUAAUAAUCAUCCGAACACGAUUAUGAAUGGUAAAACGGAUAGAAGUGAAAAUAACGCCCGCGUCAGGCGAACCAGGAGUGAGAACCGUCAGAGGCCUUUGCACAGGAAAUUCGUUACAGAUUUUGGGGGUUGUCCAUGGAGAUUGGACAAAUUUCAAUAUUCUAGAGGUCUUAUAGGACUUCAUGAAGAGAUCGAACAUUUUUACAAUUAUAUGAGCCCCACAGAUGCUGAACACAAAGUGAGGGCAGGAGUGGUGUCCAGAAUCGAAGAUAUUAUUGUUUCCAAAUGGCCCGAAGCCCAAGUUGAAGUGUUCGGUUCCUAUCGUACAGGGCUGUACUUGCCAACGAGCGACAUAGAUCUUGUAGUCAUAGGGAAAUGGUCAAAUCUACCUCUGCGUACGUUGGAAAGAGAGUUUUUAGAAAAGGGUGUUGCGCAGGAGGACAGCAUAAAGGUUUUGGAUAAGGCUUCUGUCCCCAUUGUCAAACUCGUAGAUAAAAAGACUGAUAUAAAGGUGGACAUAUCUUUUAAUAUGUCUAAUGGUGUGAAAAGCGCCGAACUUAUAAAGACCUACGUCGAACAAUUCCCGGUACUUCCCAAAUUGGUUUAUGUACUGAAGCAGUUUCUACUCGAAAGAGAACUUAACGAAGUUUUCACCGGAGGCAUCAGCAGUUAUAGUCUCAUACUGAUGUGCAUCAGUUUUCUCCAACUACAUCCCAGACACGACGGCGUACGACAAACCAACGCUAAUUUGGGAGUUUUACUCAUUGAAUUCUUUGAACUGUAUGGUAGAAAGUUCAAUUUCAUCAAUACUGGAAUUAGAAUACGAGAUGGAGGGAAAUAUAUUAACAAAGAGGAAAUGCAAAAGGAUAUGGUAGAUGGUCACAGACCCAGUAUGUUGUGCAUAGAAGACCCUUUGCUACCGUCAAAUGAUAUUGGACGUAGCAGUUAUGGUAUACUGCUGGUGAAAAAGGCUUUCGAGUACGCUUAUACCAUUCUUACCAACGUGGUCCAUCCCAUGUCGGUACACAACGACUGCUACAAUCAAAGUAUCUUGGGGCGUAUCGUUAGAGUAAGGGAUAAUGUUGUCCAGCACAGAAGGAAGAUUGAAGACAUCAUAAGGGGCACUCAGAUAGGGAGUUCCAUGAUAAUAGGAUCUACCGGGGCACUCGUGGCCAAACCCUCUAGAUCCUCCAGUACAGGUAGCACCAGCAGUGCGGAAGAAAGCGGGGUCAGUUCAGAGGGAUCAGAUCGGCCCUCGAGAGACCAUUCUCCUAACAUGAGUUAUUCAUCCAAUCGAGUGAUGAACAAUCGGAACAAAAUCCGGAACUUACCCAAUAAGAAGUAUGAGUCUAGAGUGCCGGGUAACAUUUACCAUCCAACAUACAAUCACAACCAUCGGACGAUUCAGAACAAUCCGCAGGCGAUGAAUAAACGAAAAAAAGGAGAAAGGCAAUAGUGUACAUAUUAGACUAGUUGUACAUAGGUUUAAACGUAGGCAUGUAGCGCAAAAAAACAUGAUUUUACCGGAAAAAACGCGCUAACGUUAGCUUUUAGAGAUAAAACUUUAUUUAUUUAAGUUUCUAAGAUGUAUGGUUUUUCUUUUCUCGACAAUUGAAGGAAACUUUAAAAGUAGUUCGAAUUUGUGCCAUGGUAGGCAUAGAAAUAACAUUUUUUACAGAUUAAUUUAUGAAUAUAUUUGAAAUUCAUAAAUGCUAUUUUUAAAGUUUUCUCUAUCUGUGUGUAGAUUUAGUUAUCCCUUCACUCUACACUCGCUGGUACUGUAGACAACUUUUAGGUUAUUCCAUGAUGUUUGUUCAGGAAGGUGUGACAUACUAACUGGUGUGAGUACAUGAACAAAUCUUUUGACAAAAACCACAAAUCUGUUCUCGAAACCAAGAGAUUAAUUUGCAUUUUCCCUGUUAUUACAUUUUUUCGAUUUUUUUACACUUACUGCACUGAAAUACACUCGGUUUUUAUCAUACAGCACUAAAAUAAAGUUUUCUCGUCGUCCAUUUUGGGUCCUAAUUCAUAAAUCAUUUCUUCACUCUACCUAUAAAAGUGUCAUUUAACACCUAUAGUCAAUUUGAAACUUACUUAACGUUGUUCGUUUUUGAUGCUGUAUAAACUUAUACCUACCUGGCAUAAAAAAAUAAAUCUAGACCUAAAAUGUCCGACCAGAAUAUUUACUGCUAAUGUUCCAUUUUUUCAUGGACGUCAACAUUCUAAAUUCAUUCUUGGCGCGUUUGACGAGUGUAGAUAAUUUGUUUCGCAAAAAAAAUCUAAACGAUUGAGGGUCCCACUGUUGUAGUUUUUAAUAUUUGUAAAUAUGUAAAUAUACAUAUUAUAGAAAAAGAGAAAAAAAAAACACAUAAAGAUAAGUAUGUUUAGGUUUAGAAAUAUGUGGUUAUAAAAAUAUAGAAACCUUGCUAUAAAAAUGUGAUAUAUAUAUAUUUGAUAAUUUUUAAGUGGAUUUAUAUUUUUUCGUUUUUUUUUCUGUGUGUGCCUGUAUAUUUGUUUUUAAAGGAUACAUUUUUUAGUUCUAUGUCUAAUUUGACGGCCAUAUUUGUGUUUUUAAUUGUCUUUUUUUAAACAAAGGAUCACUUAAUAAUUUUUUUAAUGUCAUUAAGUCAUAAUUUAGAGAAGUUUUGAUGUCUUGAAAACGAAAUGUAUAAAAAAAAUAAUUGAUGUUAAUGUCUUAAAUGAUAUUUCUUUGGCAUAGAUCAUAUAGUUUGUAAGUUCGCCUGUUUAUCUUAUUACGUAAUGUUAUUUGGAAAUUUUCACCACUUUGAUAGGUGUAUAUAAUUAUAUAGACCUAUUUCAGUUUUAAGUACAAAUUUAAAUUAAAAAAAAUAGAAAAAAAAUGAAAAAAAAAAGAUAAAUUUCUAUUUGAUAUUGUAAUGUGCGCCAAGAAACCGUUCAUUGUAAGUAACAGAUCUUAUUUGUUAAAAUGUAAAAAAUACAUUACUUGAGCGCC